ACAGGUUCUUUUCUUUUCUUUUUACACUUGGCUAAACUAUGCAAAUGCAAUACCGAGAAGGGGAGUUCUGUUUGUAUGUAUUUCCUGUCUAAGGAAGAGGAGCCAUUUUUAAGUUUCAGUCAUUUUACGAUAAGGACAUCCAGAUUAACUGUAGCUGAUUUCUAAUCCUCUGUCACAUCCAACUUGUAGAUUUCUCACACUAAUAAAGGAAGGUUCACCAUGAUCUCUUUCUGGGCCAUGGUCCUCUUACUGAUUGGUGACUCUGCUUGCAGUUUCAGUAAGAAGACAGCCAAAGAGGGCUCCUGUGUGACGGUCCACGUAACUCUGUACAAUAUACGGCGACCUGGGUACAUUGUUUGGUUGAAGGACGCCGUGUGGAAUGAGAAGGCAAAGGAUUAUGAGGGCACAAUCGUGCACAGCCUCAAACCUGACAAACACAAUGCGAGUGAAUUUGAAAACAGAGUGUCUGUGGGUUCCACUGAGUCCACUAGGGGUUUAAUGAACUACGAAUUGACCAUCAAUAACCUGAGACCGCAAGACAGCGGAAAGUACUCGGUUAGAUACUAUGGUGAAGAUCCUUCUUAUAAAAUGAACAGCUUGACAAUGAGUCUUGAUGUUCAGGAGAACCCUUGCCAGGUCAGCGUAACAGGGCCGGAGCUGGUCCAGACGGGGGCGGAGGUGAUUUUGCGCUGCUCCACCGUGGGGCGCUGCCAGAACAGCCCCGAGUGGCGUAGCUCAGGGUCAGGCCUGGCCUCCAGUGAAGGCUCUGACACCCAGGGUGUGAAAACAGCCCAGCUGAGCUUCAAAGCGGACUGGUCACAUGACGGGGUGACGUUCUCCUGUUGGCCGUCGCCGGGCAACGACGCGUGCGCCUCCAGAAACAUCACGCUGGCCGUGGAAUAUUCGCCCAAAGACACUGAGGCGAAAGUUGCUGGUUAUGACAUCAUAAAGGAAGGACAGGCAGUCACCUUCUCCUGCCACAGUAAAGGAAACCCCCAGCCCACAUUGUCCUUGUUUAAACUGGGCCAAGGUGAAAUUGCUCAGGGAGGAGAGUGGAAAUUACCCAAUGUCAAAAUAGAAGAUGCCGGGAGUUACUUCUGCCAGGCUAAAAACAAACUUGGCACUGAAAACUCAACAAACGUUAUGCUUGAUGUCAAAUACGCUCCAAAAAAGGUCAGGAUAACGACGAGCGGGACAUUGGAGGGGAUCUAUGAAGGAGCUGCAGUCAGCCUGACCUGCGAGGUCCAGAGCAGCAAUCCAAGCGUGCGGUCAUACUCCUGGUACAGAGACCACACCACCCUGCUCGAAACUAGCCCAGUGCUCCGUUUCCCAGCCGUACGACCCGAGGACAGAGGCUCUUACCGCUGCCAAGCCUCAAACUCUGCGGGCUCGGGGGAUUCCCCGGAGGUUACGAUCACCGUUCGCUAUGGACCCAGAGGCACAAAGAUUAAGGCCAGCUGUUGUCAGGGAGGGGUGAAGGUCGGCGAAAGCCUGACCCUCACCUGCGAGACCGACGCCCGUCCUGAGCCCAGCGGCUACACCUGGUUCCGCACGAUUACAGAGCCUGGUAGACAGAGGGGUCCAGGAAGGACCGAGGUGGCCGUGCCUUCUAACGGAUGGUCUGAUGGGCGAGACCUCAGAUUCCGGCGUAUCAGUGCAGGCGACGCCGGGGAAUACAUGUGCCAGGCCAAGAACACCAUCAGCGCUCAAAACUCCACCACUCUCCCUGUAUACGUCCUGUACGGGCCUACAGACCUCACCCUGUCCAUGGAUAGCGAGGCGAGAGAGUCCAGCCUGGUCACCAUCCACUGCUCUGUGGAGAGCUUCCCUCUGUCCGAGCUCACCCUGACCUGGGCCCCGCCCUCCUCCGAUCGCCUCUCUGACCUGCCCCGGCACCCCAAACGCCUCCAAGGAAAUUACACGGACCAGCCAACACGCACCUCUCUCGCCGCCUCCUUCAUCGCGUCUGUCGAACACGCGGGCUGGUACACCUGCCGGGCCAGCAACUCUGAGGGCCUGAAAGAAAGCACAAAGGAACUGGUAGUGCACUAUGCGCCCAAAGACGUCCGUGCGACGGCGAACCCAAGAGGCGAGGUGACUGAAAAGACGGACCUGGAUCUCAGCUGCGAGGCUCGGUCCAACCCCAAUGUGACCGCCUACACCUGGUUCAAGCUGACGGGCAGGGAGGAGCGGGAAGUGGGCAAAGGCCGGGUUCUGACCCUCAGGUAUCUGUCGGAGGUGCACACGGGACAGUACUUCUGCAGGACCCGAAACAAAAUCGGGGAAGGGAACUCAAGGGCCAUCGACGUCACUGUAAGAUAUGGGCCCAGAAAACCAGUGGUUGUUCACAAUAUGACCAGCAGGGGGCAGCCUGUCAAAGAAAGCGCUGUGGCCUUGAUGUGCCGCAGUCAGAGCUAUCCUCCCAUCCAGAGUUACAUGUGGCACGUACAGAAGGACGUCAACGUGGAAACUUUACCCAGAGCCACGCAAAAUCUUACGAUAAGCUCCGACGAGGAAGGGACCUAUUACUGCUCCGCGGAAAACGAGAUCUCAAGCAGCAGCUCGGACUCCAUAGAGAUACGUUUCGAUCGAAGCUCCACCCGCACUCUCAUUAUGGCGACUUCGUGCUUCUUCGUCGUCGUCAUCAUCCUCGUCAUCGUCAUCGUCAUCCUGCUCUACAGAAAAAGGAGGAAGUCCGCCCGGCAGAGGCUUGAAAACGGCUCUCGGAGUGACACGUGGGAGACGUUGGUAAUGGAUGGGAUGGGCGGCCCGCAAAGGAGCAGAGAGACUCUGUCAACAGUGAUGGCCCCGCCCCCAGGGCCCCCAGCCAAUCAGCAUGGUCAUGACAGCGAGCUGUACGCGAGUCCUCACACAGUGAACAGCCCCCUGAAGUUCCCGGAGAAAACAAAACAGGCGAAGUCGUCCGGCCUCCCUCACAGAGACGGAGGAGGACCCGCGGAAGAGGACGGCAUCAACUACGCCUCCCUGCAAUUCCCGGGAAAAGGGAACAGAAUUGACCCCAAGCCUGAGGAGACUGAGUGUGUCUACAGCAAAUUGGCCAAGCCCAUCAGGAAGCAAGAGGUGGAGGCGGAGGAGGCGGAGUACGAGAACGUGAAGGAGGCGGUCCCGCGGUGGACGGAACGAGAGUCGGACUCGGACUCGGAGACGAGCGACGAGGACCCGGACGUGUGCUACACCACGGUCUCCUUCGCGCCCCAGGCCGGGCCCCCGGGACCCCGCGGCGCCCACUGCCAAGGUGACAGCGACACUUCGGACGAGGAUGACUACAAAUCCCAGUACUCCAAUGUCAAGGCCUGACGCGCCGGGGCCUGGUUCCGGUCAGCGUUGCCCACCGUACCGAGUUUUGGGGAGCGUUGUGUUGGCUUUAGGCUGGGGUCGAGUUCUUGGGUCGAGGACCCCGCUGGCGAGCGUAGAGGAGCCUGCCUUCAGCAUUGGGUUUCUGCGAUCCGUGCCCACCUAGCUGCUGUCUCUUAGCUGCCCUCGAUUUACUGAAUCUGACAAAUUAUCGCUAACUGAGUGCUUUUCACUUACCAAAAAAAAAGCAAACGCACGCUCAAACAGUCGCUAGAAAUCUCUAAGAUGUCGUCAUACACCGAUUUCCAUAUUUAUGUACUCAUUCGCAUACAAAAAACGUGUGUAGCUAUGCUCUGUACUCUGUGCACUCACCAAUCAGCCAUGGUUGUCUGAGCCGUAGAGAGGUGGUAAGCACCGGAAAGAUUGCCGACCCACUGAUUGGUCUUGGCAGCUGUUUUCCUAAGAAGCUGAUGUCUGAUUUGUCACUAGACUCUUUUUUAAGAAUAAAAUCGCUAAAGGGGUCUGGAAAGUCGCUAAGUCUAACGUCAAAGUCGCCAAGUUGGCGAAAAAGCCAGCUGCUGCCGCCGACUUGCUCAUCUGCCGCCUGUCUGUGUGCGCUGGCGAUAGACACAACAUUCUCCGACUGUUCGCCCGGCUCUGGCUGAAUCAGCUGAUUGGUUCGGCUGAUUAGUGAUGUCACAGUCCUAUCACAGCCCGUUCACAUAAGGGGGGGGAGGGGGGGGGUCUGUUUAAACGACCUCCCCCUGCUCAUGUGGCCGCAUGCAGCCAGUCUAAGCCUGCGUGCUUCCUGCGGACUGCUAGCUCGAAAUCCGCCCCCCCCCCCCUCGCUCCUCCCUCAUGUGUUGAUCAGUCCGUCCUUCAAAAAGAAAGGGGGGGGGGGGUACGGUGGUGUAGCGUACGGCACUGUCGCCCUCGUGGUGGGACGCUCCCCGGGUUCGAAUCCGGAUGUGGCAUUUCUAUGUGGAGUUUGCAAUUUCUCCCUGUGUACGGGUGAUCCGGGUUCCUCCCGCAUCCAAACACAGGCUGUCAAUCUGUUAUGUAAAUUUAAAGGUUUAUAGUUGUCUGCCUUGCUGCUGGAACUUUUCUGGUGUUCUAAACUGAGCCAAAAUUUUAAUAUUUUUUAAACUGUUACCCUUUAUGAAUGUUUCUCUCCCAGUUUUUUAACUUGCAUAUACUUUACAUCUCCUCAACCCCUGUCGGCUUUGGGUGGUGUUUGUAUUUUUGGACUGAGUUUGGAGUGAGAUGGAAUUGAGCCUUGGAUGGUA